GAUCGAUCAUCGUGCAUAAGUUUCUUUACCGGAAAUCUUCAAUGGGGUUGUAAUUCAAUCGCGACAUUAAUAGUCCUUCCGUCCCAAUCAGAAUUUACCCAAUAAGCAAGCUUUCGGUAUAGUUUUGUUGCGGGAACCGUAUUCCGCCAUUGAGCCACGGAUAAUUUGGGGAAUUCUGCGGGGUAUUGUUGUAGUUGACGAUAAAGCCCAGAUUUGUAAAGAUACUUCAUCACACAUCUUCACCCAAUUUUUUUUCUUUUUUGAUAAGGUUGUCCUCAUUUGCUCCCGUAAACUACAUUUUGAGCCAUGUUACCUCAAUAUUUGCUCGUCGUUCCUUUAUUGGUUGAUAGCUGUAUAGCUUUUCCGUUCCUAAACUCCUUUUUGCCUAGACAAGCGACAGGAACCAAGUAUCUUUUUUCCUUCGGUGACUCGUACACACGAACCCUUUUCUCGAUAACUGGUACGAAGCCUUCUGCAGACAAUCCGAUCGGAAAUCCCCCGUUUCCGGGCACUACAACAGAUGCGGGUCUCAAUUGGAUCGAUUAUUUGGUCACCGCAUAUAAUACUUCUUUAACGCUGUCAUAUAAUUUCGCUGUUGGGGGCUCAACAGUCGACGACAACGUCGUUCCUUCCAUUACAAAUGGUGCUAAAUCACUCGUGGAACAAACCGCAAUCUUCACUGCUAAUCUCGCACCGAAACCUUCAUAUGCGCCAUGGACUUCGGCAAAUACGCUCUUCGCUGUAUGGUUUGGUAUCAAUGAUAUUGAUCUCAGUUAUGCAUAUUCCAAUGAGAGUGAACUCUUCAAGGAGAUCUUCGAUACCUACUGGAAGCAGCUUGACAUAAUGUAUUACUAUGGAGGUAGAAAUUUUGCAUUGCUGACAGUCCCACCUACCAACAAGACCCCCAGAGUUCUAGGAUACAAUAGUACUGCGCAAGCGGCGUACGCUUCAAGCAUUGCAGCCUGGAAUACUCUUGUCAAAAACACGGCCGCUGAGUUCCAAUCCGAAAGAUCUGGGACUACUGUCAAAGUGAUCGAUACUUCAGUUCCUUUUAACACUGCCUUAAGUAACCCAACAGCUUAUGGUUCCCCGAAUGCAGUUUGUUAUAAUACAAACGGAGUGAGUUGUUUGUGGUGGAAUAGUUUUCAUCCCGGUCAGGCGGUUCAGAAAUUGGUUGCUGCAGCAUUCGCAGGAGCUUACAGUGGCACAUUCUUUUGAUCAAGGAUCAUUAUUGGAGGUCUCAAUGAGUAUAUGGUUUACCACGAACUAGGAGAAGAGGAGGCCUUCCUUCUUCUGGUAUAAGACAUACAAGAAUCGAGACGAUCAAAGCAAUGAAACGAAAUUCGAUGCACACGUGUUUUUCAUGAUUUUUAUAAAUCCUUCAUGUGAGGAGGCGCA